AUGGCUGACUACUCGUCAUGGAAGGUGGCUGAUUUGAAGGCAGAACUCAAGAAACGUGCUGUCCCUCAGACUGGGCUCCGUCUCAAACAGCAGUUCAUUGACAAAUUACUCGAGCUUGACUCACAGACAGACCAAGGCAAUAAUGCAGCUCCGGAAGAGACGACCGACACACAGCCUUCUGCGCCGGAACCUGCGCCGGAACCUGCGACACAAGCACCAGAGCCCGAGACUGAGCAACCACAGAUCGAACAGUCCGAAAAACCGAAGGAUUCGAAUGCAGAGGGAGAUGACACACAAGCUUCAAUUGCUGUAUCCGACAAGGCAUAUGAAGGGGAGACAAGGGGGCACGAACCGGCACAGCCAGGGAUCCCAGCUGAGUCGCGAAAAGUCGAAGAUGUCGCAAAGCCCGUAGAGGAGGUACACACAGAAAAGCCCGCCUCUCCCAGCCGUGACCAGGAGUCUCCAGUCGUCUCCCAGCAGAUGCAAGUGGAAGAACAAUCUCAGGUGCCCCAAGACGCAAGCAAAGAAGACUCUGUGAUACUCGAAGAAAAGUCAUCUCUGUCCGCUCCCCAAACCUCGGAAGCCAACACCGGAGUAUCGACCCCCCUUCAGGCUGAAGAAGCUUUGGAGGAUACCCGCAAACGGAAACGGCGCAGCCAGAGCCCUGUUCCCACACCGGAAGAAAUUGCGAGUCGGAAGGCUCGCGCAAUGGAAGCAGCCCCGCAUAUCUUAGUGAAAGAAGAAAGAGAGAGUGUUUCUCGUGAUGAAGUCAAGCCGCCCCCAGAUCGUGACACUAAACGACCCAGUGAGGCUUCUGCAGAUGCGCAAACAAUUCUCAACAAGCAAAGCGCUCGCUUCCGCGAUCUAUUUGCACCCUCUGAUGCUGCUCUCCCACCCGCCUCUGGCCCCACAGACACUAAAAUGGAAGAUGUUGAUGUGGAACCUGCAAGGCACGCUGCUACCGCUGCCCUCUACAUUGAAGGCUUGAUGCGCCCACUGCAACCAGUCGCGCUCCGCAAACACCUGGCCAGCCUUGCAUCUGCCCCGGGAACUGCCGAUUCCGAUACCAUCAUUGAUUUCUACCUCGACUCUAUCAAAACCCAUUGUUUUGUCAGUUUCACCAGCGUUGCCGCAGCCUCGCGGGUCCGGUCCGCUAUUCAUGGAACUGUAUGGCCCAACGAGCGCAACCGCAAGAGCCUCUGGGCGGAUUUCAUCCCGGACGACCAAAUCAAAGAAUGGAUCCAGACAGAGGAGGCAUCGCGGGAUCGCGCCGGCCCUGCUCCACGCUGGGAAGUGACAUACGAUACAACUGAGAAUGGAACCACAGCCACCCUGGCCGAGGCUGGUUCGAAGCAGCGUCCCGCUCCUGGUCGACCGGAGUCAGGCUUUAACCGCACUCCUCCAUUAGGUCCGCGCAGCAGCAUUCCGCAGAUCGAUCGUCGUCCUUCCGAUGCGCCUCCUGCACCUUCAGCACGCCCCGGACAAGGAUUCAAGCCUUUGGACGAAAGAUUCAAAUCGACGACUGCCAAACCCAAGCUUUACUACCUACCUGUCCCCCCGCCCAAUUGCCGACAAGCGCCUGGACCAGUUUGA